UCGAAUCAGAACCAUUGAUACGUACCGAUCAAAAUGAGGAUACUACAGGUGUUUGGAUUUUUCGUUAUUUUCUGGCAAUCCAGCACUUUUAUUGCCGCCAAAAAUUCAGAUUUAUAUAGUGUGGCAGAAAAAUGUAAAAAUUUGGAUGAUAUAACAUUACCGCAAUUGCGUCUUAAGAGGCAGCUCCUUUGUAAAUAUGAUACCUGGCUUCAUCCAAAUUUCAAGACCAAUGUCACUGUCGUCUCUUUAUGGCUGAUGCCGAAGUUAAUAGAAUUAGAAAACAAUUAUCCUAUAUUAUCACUGCAUAGUUGGGUAUCGCUUACUUGGUCUGACCCUCACCUUACUUGGACACCGAGCGAUUAUGACGGGAUCAAUUUUAUUCGUGUAAAGAGUUGGGAGAUCUGGACACCCAAUUUAAGUGUCUUCAACUCUGGUGAUAUAUCGGAUGAUCAACUUGAAUUACCUACGACAGAAUGUUUGUUAUAUAACGAAGGCUCCGUUACUUGCGUGCCGCCUGUCAAAUUUGUUGUCAAAUGUGAUCCCGAUUACAUCUAUUAUCCUUACGAUAAAUAUCAAUGUCGUAUCACGUUUGGUUCGUGGAGGCAUACAGGAUUGGAAGUCGAUUAUCAGCUAAAUGGAGAAGGAAUUAGUAUGAGCGGUUACGAGAAUGACACAAAAUGGGACUUCAAAUUUAUAAAUGCAGUAAAAGAGAUAAAAACACAUAAAUGUUGUCCGAAUGAUACUUUUCCAACAAUUGAUUACAACUUUUUAUUGACACGGUAUCACGGCACAAGACACAUAACUAUCGUUAUACCUGCCAUCGCUUUGAUAUUUUUUACUGUAACGGUGCUUUGUUUGGCUCCAAAAUCGGUGGAGCGAGUUGUGUUGGCAAACGUCAAUUUUAUUUGUCAUCUGCUCUGCUUAUACAAUGUGUAUUGGCAAUUACCUCACAACAGCUCUAUUAUGCCUAAAAUAAUUAUAUUUUAUGGUGAAUCCAUUGCUUUGGCUGUCUUUGUCAUUAUUAUAACGGUCUUGUUACGCAAAUUGGAAGUUAUGAACACGGAAAUGCCAAAUUGGAUCUCAUCCACGACAAUGUUUGUUUUGAACAAGACUAGUCGUUUUUUGAUCUUGAAAGAUGAUAAAAUUAAGAUAGAUAAAGAUAUAAUGACUGAAGGAAACUCGAAUGUUCCAAAAUCUGAAGUGGAAAUGAAGAAACUAUCUUGGAAGCAUUUUACUACUAUUAUCGAUUGGUUGUCUUUUAUCUGUGUGAUCUUUACUUAUAUCAUCAUACUGAUAAUUUUUAUACCCAUUGGUUCGACUCAGAGCCAUUGGCUCAUACUGAUCAAAAUGAGAAUAUUACAGAUAUUCGGAUUUUUCAUUAUUCUCUGGCAGAGUUAUAUUGGUUCCUCCUCUCUUAUUUUUCCCGACAUUAACAUUAUUAAUGCCUUAAAACUGCAAGAAAAUGUUGUGACACGAGGGUGUAAAAAACUUGAAGAUAAAACGCCAUUACUGCAUCUUAAAAAAUAUCUUUUCUGCAAUUAUGAUAGUACCGUCCGUCCAAAUAAUCCUAAAACGGUUACCAAUGUCACUCUAAGAUUGAUACCGAAGAUGAUGGAAUUCCCCGGGGAUAAGGGUAUAUUAACACUCCACAGCUGGAUGUCAUUUUCUUGGACAGACACGCAUCUUACUUGGACACCAAACAAUUUUGAUGGCGUUAAUUAUAUUCACGUAAAGUCCUAUGAACUCUGGGUGCCCGAUAUAAGCGUAUACAACUCUGGUGACAUGUCGAACGAUCUACUUGGGCUGGAUACAACGGAUUGUCUAGUCUUCAAUACAGGUUCGGUCGUUUGCGUGCCGGCUGUAAAAUACAUGUCCAAAUGCGAUGUCGAUUAUACUUAUUGGCCUUAUGAUCAGCAAAUAUGUCGUAUUGUACUUGGCUCAUGGUCAUUUACUGGGGAAGAAAUAGAUUUUCAUCUGGACGAAAACGGAAUUUCCAUGGACAGUUAUGAAAAUAAUACAUUAUACGACUUGAAAUUUGUAGACGCAGUGAAACAUGUUAACAAAUAUAAAUGUUGUCCGAAUGACACUUUCCCAAAGAUCGAUUAUACAUUUUUAUUAACUCGGCAUUACGGUAUAAAUCACAAAACUGUUAUCACACCAGCAAUCGCUUUGAUUCUGCUCACUUUGACAGUGCUUUGGUUGGACUCGAGAUCGGUUGAACGAACAGCGGUUGCAAGCGUAAAUUUCAUUUGCCAUCUGUUCUGCCUAUACGACUUGCACUGGCAAAUGCCAUAUAGUGGUAUAAAUCCUCCUAACAUAAUGCUAUUCUAUCGCGAUUCCUUGGCAUUGGCUACUUUCGCAUUAAUCUUGACGAUCUUGUUGCGCAAACUGCAAGAUAUGAGUACAGAUAUGCCAAAUUGGAUUUCAUCCACGACAAUGUAUGUCUUGAGCAAUAAAGCUGGUCGUUUUCUAAUCCUAAAUGAUAAGGAGUCUAAGAUAGCAAGUGAAAGCAUAAUAAUUGAAGACAGCUCGGACCUUCCAAAAUCCGAAAUGAAAGAAUCCUGGAGAAAUUUUGCCGCUAUCGUCGAAUGGUUGUCAUUCUUUUGCGUUAUUCUCACUUACGCCAUUAUCUUAAUUACUCUUGUACCUACAGGUUAAUCAAAAAUAAAACAUCUCUUUAAGUCUUUUAAAUAAUCUUGUUCCUGCUUUUGUAACCGAUUAAAAUAAAUAAUAAUCAUGUAUUAAUAUAUGUUAUUUUUAAUUGAA